UGGAGAGGGGGCGACAGAGGCGCGGCGCCCGCGCGGGGCAUGGAGGCGCCGCUGGCCCACGCUGGGCGUCCGCGCUGCGUUUCGCGCCGCCGCCGCCGCGCCUCGAAGUUUGCCGGCUGACUCGGAAAGUUGCGCUCGGGCUCGGCCGCCGCGUCCAGCCUCCGGCCUGCCCCGCUCGCCGCCGCCGCCCUCCGCGGGGCCCCGGCCCAGCCAACCCCGCAGCCCCGCCUGUCGGGAGCAUGUGAGCCGUCGCCGCCCCCGAGAGGCCGUGCGGGCUGCACGGGCCCCGGCGCCUCCGAGGCAGUGUGUGGGCGAGGGGUGCGCCCGGGCCCAAGGGCCCCAGGCAGCCCGGCUCGCCAUGGGCAUCCAGGGCAUGGAGCUGUGCGCCAUGGCCGUGGUGGUGCUGCUGUUCAUCGCCGUCCUCAAGCAGUUCGGCAUUCUGGAGCCCAUAUCCAUGGAAGACAGCAGCGACGGUGAGCUGGAGCUGUCCACGGUGCGCCACCAGCCGGAGGGGCUGGACCAGCUGCAGGCCCAGACCAAGUUCACCAAGAAGGAGUUGCAGUCUCUCUACAGGGGCUUUAAGAAUGAGUGUCCCACGGGCCUGGUGGACGAAGACACUUUCAAACUCAUUUACGCGCAGUUCUUCCCUCAGGGAGAUGCCACCACCUAUGCACACUUCCUCUUCAACGCCUUCGACGCCGACGGGAACGGGGCCAUCCACUUUGAGGACUUUGUGGUCGGCCUCUCCAUCCUGCUGCGGGGCACAGUCCAUGAGAAGCUCAAGUGGGCGUUUAAUCUCUACGACAUUAACAAGGAUGGCUACAUCACCAAAGAGGAGAUGCUGGCCAUCAUGAAGUCCAUCUAUGACAUGAUGGGCCGCCACACCUACCCCAUCCUGCGGGAGGACACACCGGCAGAGCACGUGGAGAGGUUCUUCCAGAAAAUGGACCGGAACCAGGAUGGGGUGGUGACCAUUGAAGAGUUCCUGGAGACCUGUCAGAAGGACGAGAACAUCAUGAGCUCCAUGCAGCUGUUUGAGAAUGUCAUCUAGGACACGUCCGGAGGAGUGCAUGGCCAUGGCCACCUCCACCCCCAAGAAAUCUCCAUCCUGCCAGGAACAGCCUCCGAGAAACUUUUAAAAAAUAGAUUUGCAAAAAGUGAACAGAUUGCUACACACACACACACAGACACACACA